AUUAUUCGCUGUGCUGUGAUUCGUGCUGUUCGUUUUUCAUUCAUUCGAUUGCGAGCAUUUUCCGGGAUCGGACGUAAUAGUGAAGUUGUGCGGCGCGAGAAAACAGUUUUUGAAGGCAGGCGAAGAAAAUUAAAAUAUAGGUAUUAAAUUCCUGGUUUGAAUAGAGAUAUCUAUAGCGCGGAUUAGACGCCCGUCGUUCCACCAACGUGUGACUGCCGUCUAGCUUCUUUUCCGGCUAGUGGAAUUUGACGGUACAAAAUUUCGGUGCAGCGGUGUGCGACUGUCAUCGUCUGCUGGUGAAUGUGGUUAUCAACAGGCGCGACUAAACGAAAGAACCGUGUCUAUUUGCCCUUCUAGUUAGUGGGUUGUGGUCGUGUGCGGUAUAGUGAUAUAUUUUUUGGCUGAUCACCAGUUCAGUGCAGUGGCACCGGAACCAGGAAAGUGGACGAAAAUCGACGACUUUCGGUGUGAAAAACUCUGUACGGUGGUAGUUUAGGGUGGAAACAGUGUAACCCGCUGACGUUGACGUCAGCAAGUUUAACACCGCGACGACUGUGUGUGCUUCCAGAGCGGAACUAAUCUAUUCUUGACGAUCGCUGAGCCAGCAGCUUGGACGGCGCAAUUCUCCAUCUCUAGCAAAGCGAAGGCAGCAAACGACUGCAGCGAUGUCCGACUACGAUCUGGACGUGGACAACCUGAUCCAGCGGCUGUUGGAAGUCAGAGGAUGUCGACCCGGAAAACCAGUUCCCAUGUCAGAAGAAGAAAUCCGAGGACUAUGUCUGAAGUCACGCGAAAUCUUCCUACAGCAGCCAAUUCUGCUUGAACUAGAGGCACCACUUAAGAUUUGCGGCGACAUCCACGGUCAGUACACAGACCUGCUGCGGCUGUUCGAGUACGGUGGCUUUCCGCCGGAGGCCAACUAUCUGUUCCUGGGGGACUACGUGGACCGAGGCAAACAGUCCCUGGAGACGAUCUGCUUGCUGCUGGCGUACAAAAUCAAAUAUCCAGAGAAUUUCUUUCUACUCCGGGGCAAUCACGAGUGUGCCAGUAUUAAUAGGAUAUACGGAUUCUAUGACGAGUGCAAGCGAAGGUACAAUGUCAAGCUGUGGAAAACCUUCACCGAUUGCUUCAACUGCUUACCGAUUGCGGCCAUUAUCGAUGAGAAAAUUUUCUGCUGCCACGGUGGACUGAGCCCGGAUUUGAAUCAUAUGGAACAGAUCAGAAGAAUCAUGAGACCAACGGAUGUUCCCGACACUGGAUUGCUGUGCGAUCUAUUGUGGAGUGAUCCCGACAAAGAUGUGAAGGGCUGGGGAGAGAACGACCGUGGCGUUAGUUUCACCUUCGGUGUGGAUGUGGUGUCAAAGUUUCUCGAAAUGCACGACUUGGACCUGAUCUGCCGGGCGCAUCAGGUCGUUGAAGAUGGGUACGAAUUCUUCGCGAAACGCUCGCUUGUAACGCUCUUCUCGGCUCCGAACUACUGCGGUGAAUUUGACAAUGCUGGUGGCAUGAUGUCGGUGGAUGACCAUCUCAUGUGUUCCUUUCAGAUUCUGAAACCAUCGGAGAAGAAGGCAAAAUAUCAGUACACUGGCACGAACACGAACCGACCGCAGACGCCCCAGCGGAACCAGAAUCAACCGUUGCCACCGAGCAAACGGAAAUAAUAAUUUCUCUCCCUUCUGAAUCGCUAUCUGACCCGACGGCGCGGCGGCGGCAGUGGUGGUGGCGGAAGCAGCAGGAAGCAGAAAUCAUCUUCAUCUUCAUCACCCUCGCCCAACUCAG